AUGAUCAAAAACACAAUGCAUGAGUUGGACGAUCGUAUUGAAGAAAUGGAUGCAAAAUACAAGAAGAUUGUGGGAAAUCUUUCUGCAAACUUGGCUGCUACCACUCUCAAGGUUAGAACAAGAUACUUCCAUCGCAUUGGAGUUAGUGGCAAAGGAGUCCUCAAAAUAUACGACAAGAUUGAAGGACUCCCAAGCCACAAAAUCUUCCAAUGCGGAAAGACAUAUCCUAUCAUAGUUCGUCACAGUAACAGCUUAAGCGCUGACGAUGAUGCAAGGCUAGAUGCGCGUGGCGCCGCUGUUAGAAUCCUCUCCGAUGAAUCUGGUGGCGAAACAACACUCCUGGAUUUAACACUUAAAACAGGCAAUGCGUUUUACGCGCGCACCAUUUCCGACUUUGCUACUUGGCUUGUGUGCGGGUUACCUGCUAGAGAAGAGCACGUGAAGCGUGCCCCGCACAUCAGAGACGCAGUGUGGGCCUCUCUACGCAAUGCAGAGACGUUCACUGAGCUGCAUUACUACUCCAAUAUCUGCAGGCUCUUCAGGUUUAACGACGGACAGGAGAUGUAUGUCAAACUCAAGCUGCGGCCGUUUGAUCAGAAAAUCAUGGAUGAUUCCGGGAAGAUUGAGCCGUUAGGAAUCCUACCUCCUGAAACAGGAGCGAUUCCGAGGGACAGCAACGACAAGCGUCCUUUGCUUUUUUUGGCAGAUGAUUUCCGGAGACGUGUGAGUUCGCCCGGUGGCGUUCGUUAUGUUUUCCAACUGCAACUCCGGCCAGUGCCCGAGGACGCAGAUGCGCAAGACGAGGUCCUCGAUUGCACGAAGCCGUGGGACGAGAUGGAGUUCCCGUUGAUAGACGUCGGAGAGGUGACCAUCAAUGAGAAUCUCACGCCUAAACAAUCCGAGGAGCUUGAAUUCAAUCCUUACCUCAAAUGCCAUGAAAUCGAUGUGAUCAGAGCAACGUCAGCCUCUCAGAGUGCUUCCAUCGAUCAUGGACGCUCAUUGAUCUAUGAGAUUUGCCAACGAUUGAGAAACAAUGAGCCGCUGCCGGAGGCGUGGAGAGCCUUCAUCGAGAAGUCAGAUGUCAAAGUAGACCUCUCUGGCUGCCCCGUCAUGAACCAGAAACACGACUCCUCUGUCUCAAACGAAGUGACGCUUGCGAGAGCUUGGAUUACGAUUGGUGAGGGCGGAUUUGUGGGAAGUCGAGCGGUGGCCAUGCCAGGAGUGGUUGUGGAAGAUGGAGGCAGCCUUGGUGCGCUCUCACUUGCCAUGAAGGGGGAACUUGUUAGAAUUAAGUCGCAAUCUCAAUAA